AUGGCUAGCGAAGCAUGUUGCGAGCGCAAGCCUGCGGCCGCAGACUACAACCCGCAAGGGCGAUACGAGACCAUUGCUGGUUUGAAGACUUACGUUGUUGGUCCCGAGCAGUCUGCCUCGAGAGCCAUCGUUGACGUCUACGAUAUCUUUGGGAUUACCCCGCAAACACUGCAGGGCGCAGAUCGCUUGUCCGCGCUCAUCAGCGACUGCAUCGUACUCGUCCCCGACUUCUUCGAGGGCUCGGGAGCCAACCCCGCGUGGUUCGGCAACAAUGCAGACCCGGAAGCCAAGGCGGCGAUGUCGGAAUUCAGGUCCACCAAGGCCAAGCCUGCGAGGAACGUCGCGGCGCUGGCAAGGAUCCGUGAAGAGGCAGGCCGGCGAUGGCCACGAGUUGAGCAGAAUGUCGGGGUCUUUGGCCUUUGCUGGGGCGGCAAGAUUGCCGCUCUUGCUUGCGGCGAGGAUAACAGAGGCGCGGGCCGAAAGUUCACCGUGAGCGGCACCGCUCAUCCUGCACGGCUCGAGGCCAAGGACGUCGAGGCCCUCAACGUGCCCUACAUCUGUCUCGCAUCUCCAGGGGAACCGGCUGAUGUCGUCGCCCAGAUCAAAGAGAUCCUGUCACGGCCCGGCAGAGUCGGCGAGGUCGAGACCUACGGGUCCAUGUUCCACGGUUGGAUGGGCGCGAGGGCGAACCUUGCAGACGAGAAGAACAGGGAGGAAUAUGAGCGCGGGUACCAACAGGUAGCAGACUUUUACGCAAAGCACCUAUAA